AUGGCAUUCAUUACCAUCCAACGGGCCACUCCCAGUGGCGAGAAAACUCCUGGGACUGUGCGCCUAGUCGGGUUGCACCACAGCACUCGUGGCCGUUAUGCUGGCAGCAGUGACAUCGUUCUUCACCCUUGCCCUUCUAACGACCCUAAUGACCCGCUCAAUUGGUCUCCGCGUCGGAAGCUCUUAUCUCUUCUCUGCCAAAACCUGUAUACAUGGUUCACUGGCGUUGCGGUUUCGACUAUCUAUUCUGUCCUCGUGCCAUUGUCGUUAAGCUCCGGGGUUACUAUUACUGCGCUAAACGAGGGAACCGGCUACAUGUUCCUUUUACUUGGCUGGGGCUUGUUGUUCUGGCAACCUUUUGCACUUCGCUAUGGCAAGCGACCUACAUACCUGAUCUCAAUCCUCGGAGCUAUCGGUACCAGUGUCUGGAGCGCGCAUAUUACAAGCAAUGGCGAAUGGUUGGCCAAGUGCAUACUUCAGGGAUUUUUCAUAGCUCCUAUUGAAGCUCUUCCGGAGAUCUCAGUCACUGAUAUUGCAAGUAUUGCUCUGCGCUUCUACUUUACCCAUGAACGAGGUACCUAUAUGGGGGUUUACGCUUUCACUCUAGCCGGUAGCAACUACUUCACCCCAGUGCUCAGUGGUCUGAUCGCAGAGUAUCACGGUUGGCAGUGGGUUUUCUAUUGGCCAGCAAUAUUCCUUGGUUUUAUUUUCAUAGUACUAUUCUUUCUAAUGGAGGAAACUAACUACACCCGCAACUAUUCAUCCCACGAACCGGCAUCCGCGAUGUCCCCUUCUCCAGCCUCGAUAGCUGGGUCGAGUGCAUGGGAGAAGAGAUUCUCCGUUGCCGCGGAGUCGCCAACUUUAUCAGAAGCCGGUGGGACAUACCCUGUGAGCAAGACUUACAUGCAAAAACUGUCGAUUUGGCAGUCUUCUCCUGGUCAGGGGAUGUUCGGCCGGGCUUUGCGGUCCGUCAGAUAUCUGUCUUGGCCCAUUAUAUUCUAUGCCGGGUUCUCCUACGGGACUUACCUGAUCUGGUUUAACGUCUUGAACGCCACGGCAUCGAUCAUCCUUUCUGGCGAGCCGUAUAACUUUUCCCCUUCCCUGGUCGGGAUCAGCUACCUCUCGUGCUGCAUUGGUGUCAUCGAUGGCGCGUUCCUUUCUGGGCUCUUGAGCGACUGGCUGACAGUCAAACUUGCCCGGAGGAAUAACGGUAUUAUGGAGGCAGAGCACAGACUGUGGCCCUUCACCAUUUGCAUAAUACUCAUACCUGGAGGGCUUGUUCUUUGGGGUGUCGGAGCAGCCCACGAGAUCCAUUGGUUUGGUCUGAUCAUGGCAAUGGGCAGCCUCGCUACGGCGACCACAAUAGGUCUCACCAUCUCUGUCAAUUAUCUCAUCGACAGCUACCCUGGGAUCAGCGGCGACGCGAUUGUUACGGUUAUCAUUAUCCGUAAUACUAUGUCAUUCGCAAUUAGCUAUGGGUACGCCAUAAUCACGCCGUGGCUGUCUCAGCUUGGCUACCAGACUUGCUUCAUUACGGCGGCAUUUAUCGGUCUGGCUGUCACGUCUGUCUAUCUCAUCAUUAUCCAGUUUGGCAAAAGACUUCGGGUACAAAGCGCAGACAAGUAUUUUGAGCUUGUGCGAUAG